CGGGGUUGGAAGGAACAAAGAUGGCGGAGGCGCUGCCUGAAGCCAGGUCGAAGGCGCGGGAAUGCCAGCACGGGACGUCACUUCCGCCGACCUCCGCGAUGGGAGCAUGAAAAGACAACGGGAGGAGACGGGAUGCGGGGUGGGUGGAGCGGCGGUAAAACCAAAGAUGGCCGACCUUCACGUCACGUCACGUCACCUCACGUCAGGCCGGGCGUCAUGAGAUGGCGACGAUGGGGUGUAGUCAAAGAUGGCCGCCGCCCAAUUGGACUCAGAAGCCGGGCGUCCGCGGCCGGGUGACAUCAUAGAGCGGCGACGGCGGGAAGAAUCAAAGAUGGCGCUGCUGCUAAGGGCAGUCGGCUAUCGUUGCUUGCGAACUCCUCUUGCUCCAGCCUUCAGGGCGCGAUGGGCCGUCUCCAUGGGGACCAGCGCCGAACAGGAAAUGGAGAGAUUCUGGGAGAAGAAUCAACGUCUGAAUCGUCCGAUAUCCCCACAUCUCACAGUCUACGGGUAA